AUCAAGGACUGAGCUUCGGGCACCAUGAACCCCACCAUCGGCUUCGCUCUUUUGUUGACAGGUACUGGUCAAGGGGCAGGGCUGGGAUUCCAAGCACCUUGGCUUCCUUCCCUUCAGAGAAGCUAGCUUCUACCUCCCAACCUCAGAAGGGGGAGGUGGUUGAGGGAGAGAGGGCUCUUUUUCAUCCCUAAAUCUGCUGAGUAACCUAGUUCAUCUUCCGGCUGCCUGAGGCGGUUUUUGGAAAAAACAGUCCACUGAGUCUGCCCCAUACUGAGCUGGAAUCUCCAAAUGGGAACCAGGAGACUACAUCAACUCCCCAAGAUCUCCUGCCCCCCCCCAGGAAUGCCCAAGACUAAAGAAGAUGAGGGAAGGAGGCUGGGUCUGCAGCACAAAAGUGGAAGUGGCCCCCAGGGACCUCUGGGGUGGGGAGAGGGGUCCAAAGAGCAGACCCUUGUGCCCUCCCUGGCCAGGCCAUUCUCUCCUAUUACUGUGGGUGGGAGGCCCCCUGCUCUGCAGGCUCCCCCCCCCAACUCGGGAGUGGGCACCACUGGUGCCAGUCUUGCAGGGAGCCCGUGGGCAGAAAGUGACCAGCCUGACAGCCUGCCUGGUGGAUCAGAGCCUUCGUCUGGACUGCCGCCACGAGAAUACUACUACCUCGCCCAUCCAGUAUGAGUUCAGCCUGACCCGGGAGAAAAAGAAGCACGUGCUCUAUGGCACUAUGGGGGUGCCUGAGCACUCAUACCGCUCCCGAACCAACUUCACCAGCAAGUACAACAUCAAGGUCCUCUACUUAUCCAGCUUCACCACGAAGGACGAGGGGACGUACACAUGUGAACUCCGGCUCUCUGGCCAGCCUCCCGUCACCUCCAGCGAGACUGUCUCUGUGCUCAGAGACAAACUGGUCAAGUGUGAGGGCAUAAGCCUGCUGGCCCAGAACACGUCGGGGCUGCUGAUGCUCCUGCUCUCCCUGCCUCUCCUGCAGGCCAUGGACUUCAUCUCCCUGUGAUUGCCCAGUCCAGAGACGAGUUGCUGAGGCCCUCCCCGCAUCCCUCACACAUCUCAAGGAGCAAUGGGGACCCCGCCCCUCAUAAGGAAUCCCACUGCCGCAUGCAUCACCUACCCA